CCAUCAGCACCUUCCUCAGUCUCGGAACGCUGCAAGAACGGCCAUGUCUUCUCUUCUUUUCCAGACAGUGCUGCGUAAAAGUACCGUGCAGCAGUCGCGGCUGUAUUUGGUGCGCUUUAUGGCGUCCCAGGCCCCGCGGCCACGGGCGACUCCUCCUUCUCCACCGCCCAAUCUUGUUCCACCACCCGCAUCUCGAAAUAUGAAAGUUCGGUAUAACCGUAAGCAGGCUAUCCGGCUGCUCAUGAUCAUCUCGGUCUGCGUCGGAGUCGGCACUCUGCUCGACCAGUUAUUAACCUCUGAUCUCCAACGCAGGGCUGCCAAAGUCCUCAGUGACAAAGGCCUUACAGAGGGAACAUCCACAACCCAGCUCUCAUCUCUUGAAUCUCCCGAGUACGCAAAUGCUUCUGCCACAGCCGAGGCCUACGCCGAGCUCACUACGCUCCUCGGCAAAGAAAACGUCUCUGCUACGGUCGACGAUAUUGCAAGUCACGCCGACUCGGCGUGGAUUUCGCAUCACGCGGCAGCCGGUCAGGCGCCUGGGAUUGUCGUAUUUCCCCAGUCGACGGAGGAAGUAUCGCAGAUUCUCAAAGUGUGUCAUAAACACAAAGUUCCCAUCGUUCCGUUUUCGGGCGGAACCUCGCUCGAAGGUCACUUCAUCCAGACUCGCAACGGCGUGACGAUUGAUUUCCGAAGAAUGGCCUCAGUUCUCACGCUUCACGAAGAGGAUCUCGAUGUUGUGGUUCAGCCCGGAAUGGGAUGGGAAAACCUGAAUGAGUACUUGAAGCCGCAUGGUCUUUUCUUCCCGCCUGAUCCGGGUCCCGGUGCCGAGAUCGGAGGUAUGAUCGGUACAGGUUGCUCGGGAACUAACGCAGCUCGGUACGGUACUAUGCGUGAAUGGGUUCUCUCUCUCACGGUUGUGUUGGCAGACGGAACUAUCGUCAAGACUCGACAGCGACCGCGUAAGUCCUCAGCUGGAUACAAUCUCACCAAUCUGAUCAUCGGUAGCGAGGGAACGCUAGGAGUUGUUACCGAGGCGACUCUUAAGCUUGCGGUUUUGCCGCAGAGUACUAGCAUUGCGGUUGCGACUUUCCCAACCAUUGGCCAGGCUUCGAAGACGGCGCAGGAUCUCGUGCGGCAGGGUGUUCCGGUAGGAGCGGUCGAGUUGCUGGAUAAGGAAAUGAUGCAGUGCGUGAACCAGGCAGGCCAGACUACGCGCACCUGGCGUGAGGAGCCUUCUUUGUUUUUGAAAUUUGGUGGUACGAAAUCCGGGGUGAAGGAGCAGAUAGGGCAGACUAAAGCGAUCGCGAAGCAGAACGGAAGCAACUCGUUUGUGUUUGCAAGCUCCGAGGCCGAGUGUACCGAGCUUUGGGAGGCGCGAAAGGAGGCGCUAUGGUCUACGCUUGCUAUGGGUGCCGACGAAGGAAUGACGUGCUGGACUACGGAUGUUGCUGUUCCCGUCUCGCGACUGGCGGAGGUCGUUACGAGUACCAGGGAGGACAUGGAUAAGUCCGGAAUCAAGGGUACGAUUGUGGGACAUGUCGGCGACGGAAAUUUCCAUGCCUUCAUUUUGUACAAUGACGCCAAUAAGAGUGUUGCCGAGGGCGUCGUUCAUAGGCUUGUUGAGCGUGCUAUCGAAAUGGAGGGUACGUGCACUGGCGAACACGGCGUUGGAAUGGUGAAACGGCCAUACUUGCAGAGUGAGUUGGGCGAGGCGACCAUCGAUACGAUGCGGAGAGUGAAGAUGGCGCUCGAUCCUUUGCGAUUACUGAACCCGGAUAAGGUUAUAAGUAUCGAUCCCAAGGAAGUUAUGCACAAGCUAGACUAGUCUGUCGGCGCAAAUCAGUUGAAAU